UUUCUUCUGAUAAUAUCAUAUCAGUAGAAGGAGGAGAUUGUUAAAGAGAGAGAAUCUGCCUGCCAUGGGGAAGAAGAGGAAGUCGAUAGCCUCCAGCCUCGACGAGGUGGAUCGAAGCAUGUAUACCUCCUUCUGCAGCGCCGCUAAUUCCCUCUCUCAGCUCUACACUCAGGCCAUGAACCACCAAAAACUCUCCUUUCAGGCCGGUGAACGCCACGCCCUUGAUAAAAUUUAUCAGUGGAUCUGUAGACAGCAAGAAGUUACAACAGUCGAUAUAGUCAAUUAUCUUCAGCUUACAAAUAUCUUUCUUAUCUCCAUGCAGAAUGAGUUGGACUGUUGUGGAGAGGAGCCAUCAAUGUCCCCAAGAUUGCCACUCCAACAUCAGCCCACUGUGCAUUUCUCAAGCUCAGGUUUCCCAGUUACUUCUGGGUCAUCUGGUCCAACAAAUACUGCGCAGGGAAUUCGUUCUGAGCAGUGCAAUCAUCAAUCUAAGAAUUCAGUCUUCUCAAAUGCUCUGUCAAGCCCUGUUCGCCAAAGUCUUCAGCACUAUCACAUUUCUCAAGAUGGACAUUACCCAGGCUCAGGUCUGCCAUCUGGAAAUGGAGCCCGAAACAAUGAACCUAGCUUUCUCCACCCAAACCGGGAUGCUAAUCCUCCGAGUUCCAAUGAUACCUCGAUGGACAUGCAUGCAGAUAGUCCUGGUCAUGAUUCUACCUACUGAAAAUGCUCAGCUACUUCAUCCAUGUAUUCUUUCCCAUGGGACGGUCAAAAGUCUUGGAAGAACCAUGGCAACACAAAGCUCCUCUCUGGUGCAAUUCCGUAAGGGAAGACGGCACAACAUCGAAUCGGUAAUGCAAUCAAUUUAAUUUACUUUUGCUGUCUUGUUUGAGAAUAGCUUGGUCUUCAUCUUCUGUAAGCAUCUUUUUUGUAUUGCUUUUCGUUUCAUUUUGUUUUUAACAAAAACCGUUGUGUUUCGAUUAGUCACUGCUUUUAAUGUUGAAAGAUUAUCUCUGUAAAUGUAUUGAUUCUGCUUUACGUUACAAUUGAAGAUUUCAGUCAUUAAUUUAUAAAUUAA